AUGAUAGACUUAGCACUAUUCGAAGUUGACGAAGAAUUAUGGACUGGAGUCCACGACGGCCCAGGUAUCGAAGAUGACGAAAACUCGGGUAUUGAAAACUUCGACGACUUCAAUAUAGAAUACGAUGGCGACGGCUCAGGCACUUCAGACGAAGACAUUGACUCAAACAUCGACGAUGAAAACGAAGAUGAGAGCAUUGAAGAUAAAGACAACAGCCCAACUGACGAAGACGUCAAAGCUGACAAAGGGGAAGACCCAGGCGUUGAAGACGAAGGCAGUAUUUCAGAUACCGACGACGUCAUCGGCUCGUAUAUCGGAGAAGAAAAUGACGACGUCAAAAACCUAGGUAUCGAAGACGAAGACAAUACCUCGGGCAUUGAAGACGUCAUCAGCUCAGAUACUGAAGAUGAAGACGACGACAAAAGCCCAAAUAUUGAAGACGAGGACAAUGACUCAAAUUUUGAGGAGGACGACGACUCCUCGAGUAUCGAGGACGAAAAUGACAAGGGCCCAGCGAUCGAAGACGAAAAGAAAAUCUCUGGUGUGGAAGACGUCAACGCCUCGGGCACUAAAGGAGAAGACAAAGAUGGCAACGAUGGUUCGGGUGUUGAAGGCAAUGUCGUCUCAAAGGUUGAAGAGGACGAAAACACAUCAGUGGAAGACGAAAACCGCUUACCUGUUGAAGUAGAUGAUGAAUCGAUUGUUGACGACGUCCUCUCUGUGGUAGAAGAUGUUUCGAUUGCAGUAGUGAUUGCCUUAGCUGAGCUCAUUGUCGUCGUUUGCAUAUCGCUAGUAGCCGUUGGGGUGACAGGGGAGCUCGCCUCAAUCGUCGAAGAAGUCGGCUGCACAACAGUGGAAGAUCUGAUCUCGGUUGUGGAAGAAAACUCUGUUGUAGAUGGUUCAUCGUCCGUACUUGUGCUGGGACUUGUCUCACUAGACCUCACAGUUGAAGUUUCUAUCUCGCUCGUACUUGGCGUAGUCGCAGGAUCUGUAGAGGCUAUAGAUGGAGUAGUCGCAGGAUCUGUAGGGCUUGUAGAUAGAAUAGUCGUAGGAUCUAUAGGGCUCGUAGAUGGAGUAGUCGUAGGAUCUAUAGGGCUCGUAGAUGGAGUAGUCGCAGGAUCUGUAGGGCUCGUAGAUGGAGUAGUCGCAGGAUCUGUAGGGCUCGUAGAAGGAGUAGUCGCAGGAUCUGUAGGGCUCGUGGAUGGAGUAGUCGCAGGAUCUGUAGGGCUCGUGGAUGGAGUAGUCGCAGGAUCUGUAGGGCUCGUAGAAGGAGUAGUCGCAGGAUCUAUAGGGCUCGUAGAUGGCGUAGUCGUAGGAUCUAUAGAGCUUGUUCGAGUCACGGAAGUUGAUGAAGAUUCUCCUUCUGAUUCUGGGUGA